UGGAAGAAAGACGAAUUGUGCAGCGCAUGCAGCGAUUGAAGCUACAAACUUUUACUCCAUUAAUGCUCUCUGAGUAGAAAUAUACACAAAAAAUGACCAAACUGCAGCUUUUGCACCGCGCUCUAAAUGAGCGCAUGAUGGCGGCAGUGGAACAGGUCAUGGAGAUGGUCGGUGGCACCGUGCUGGAGUAUGAAGAGGAGACGGCACGGGUGCGGAAAGAAAACGAAGUUCUGAGACGGAGGCUACAAUCGAUGGAGGACACAAAUCGCGCGAACUGGCCAGGUACUACGACUGUGCAUCAAGAUCGGGGCCCAUAUGACCCUGUCCGUCUUUCCACCCUAGAUGAGUCGACUCCAUCCCAGCAGGAGCAGUGUGCUGUCAGCUUUGAAUUUGAACAGGAAUCACAAACUGUUCUGAUCAAAACCGAGUUCACUGAUGACCCCCUGUAUGUAAGACCUGUAAACGGUUUUGCCCCGUUGCCUCAAAGCACCGAGCAGGGAUCUCCCAUUGCUGGAACAAGUGCUAUUAAUACCUACAGCCAGACAGAAAGUGCGAAGUGGCCAUCUACCCAAAGUUACAUGGAACCCCUGGAGUUUGAUCCAACUCCAUCCACCAUGUUCACGUACGGUUCAGCGCGGGGGAAAAAGCAGAGGAUGUCCUUCGCUUGCCCAGAUUGUGGUAAAGUCUUUGGAAGGGAACAGACGCUUAUGUUUCACUCUCGGACCCAUUCUGCAGCGAAGCCAUAUGAGUACCGCAGGCGCAAGGCAUGCUUCUAUGGUGACAAUUUAAGAAAGAAGAAACUGCGGGGGUUCUCCCAGAUAUCAAGAGAAAAUACAGGGGAUGUUUCGGAUGGCUCUGGACAGACAAACAGGAGUAGGCCGUCUGCUGAACACGAAGCUGAAGAACAGGAGUUAGACAGCGUGUCUAUUAGCAGUAAUCAAACCAGCAAAGUCCAAGAAAACAUCGCAUCCAACCCUGAGCCUCUUCAACGCAAAAAAGUUAAAAAAGGUCUCAAAAAGAAGUACAAUUGCUCAAUGUGUGGUGACAGAUUCUCUACAAGCGAACGACUGGAGUUUCACAUAAAGAGCCACGAGGUGAAUGCAGAGAACUCACCUAACCCGCCUAGCAGAGAAGAAGGACAAAAGAAGGUGGCACGAAGUCGAAAGAUCUUCCCUUGUCUAAAGUGUGACAAAGUCUUCCUUCGCUUACACAAUUUCAAGAACCACAUGAGGAUGUUACAUCUGUCUGAACAAGAAGAGAAUGAUGGUGGAAGUGCUGAAGUGCCCCAAAAAAGAACAAAAAAAAUCCGCUCUUGCCCACACUGUGGUAAAGUGUAUAUGAUGAAAGGCUGUUUGAGGACACACAUUCGUACUGUUCACACUAAGAAAAAAACAAGUUCUUACUUUCAAAUCAUUUCCAACUUCGGUCGGACAAGGUCACAGAGGUCUUCAACCCAGACCGUUGAUGAAGCAACAUUACACGAUGCUGGCACCCACGUCUGCGAAACUUGUAAAAAAGUGUAUUCAUCGUCGACAUGGCUGAGGAAGCACACGUGCUUCAGUGAUAAAGAAGAGCAGCCUGUUCUCAAUAAAGAGUCAAAAACUGGUGAGAAGCAGUACAAGAAAGCAAGGGCCAAUAAAAAGCCUUCAAGGCAGAAUGCAUCUGAAGAGUCCGAAGGUCCUCCCACCUGCAACAAGAAACCUAAUCCCAUAAAUUUGUAUGGGUCUGUCCUCUUUAGCCACCUUAGUCUGCAGCCCAAGGUUGUUCUGGAACCAAUCAUGCCAAAACGCACGUACUGGAAUACAUUCCCCAGUGUAGAUGCCUGCAAAUCAGGAAGUUACGAAAGCAGCAGCUUCAAAGUUGUUCAUACCUCGUCCCCAGCUCUGGCUGAUAACAAAAAAGUGAAUGUUACGGAAGGACAGACUGCGGAUCAUUGCUCAAGACCAGCUGGAUCAUUGAGUCAAGACAACAAGAAUAAGGUUAAAAAGAUCUGCAGUGUUAUUCCUGAGACAGACAUUGUCUGUGUGACCGUUGGACUUCCACAGAACGACUCUCAAUCCGAGUUAGUAAAACAGAAACACUAUAUAGUGAUAGAUGAUGAACCAGAGACAGAACCUAGAAGAACUAAGCGUAAGGACAUUUCUGGGAAAAAGUUGAAGACUGCAGUUUCAAAGUCCGCAUUCCACAAAACAACCCGCAGUGUCAAAACCAAGAUCAGCAAUCCAAGACGACCUUCUCUUUUAUCUAAUCUUGUCUUUUCAGACUCCGAAGAUGAUAUGGAUUUUAUGAAGGGUCCUUCCAAAAGUUCUGACAAGAAGAAAACUGCUAUGUUUGGUAAAACUCAUUCUAGUGAACAGCAUGCAAAUGACAUUCAAGCAGUGAUAGUAAUAGACGAUGAACAACAACAGACGGUGACACAAACCGGCUUAACAUUGACCAGUUCCGAAUUAUUCCCUGAUGGUGAAAAUCAGUCAAAGAAACCUAGAGGAAAAAAGCGAAGGUUACAGGUCAACAAAAUUAAAGAUGACAUGGAUGAAGACCCUUCCAAAGGUUUUGAUGAAAAGAAAACAGUCCCACUUGAUGAAAAUCCCCCCCAUGUAUGUCUACCAAAUAACUCCCAAAUUUUGAAUUCUGAAGCUGAAUCCUUAAAGGCUGAUGAUGCCACUCAUAUCAAAAGUAUUGACAGUGUGUCACAUCAAAAUGAUGGGGACGGCGCCGUGAGUCAGGAGGAAUCAUGUGAGACAUCAGAGUUGAUAUUGGCUGGUCAAGCAUCUCUCUUGAAGCACAUGCGAGCUCAUGAUGAUAAGAAGCUACUAGACGUGCAGGAUAUCAUUGCUGAUGAUAAAACAAAUAAGCGACCAAGUGUAAAUGUUCAGAUAUCAGAUAGGGAUGAUUCCGAAGAAUGUAGAGUCUUAGGCAAGACCGACUCCUCUGUAAAAAAUAUGAAAAGUUCUGAGGAUAUUGAGGAAAGCUCCUACUCAACCAGCCAAAGGUCCAAAGACAGAUGCACGUAUGCAAAGAGCGCCAGAGAACAGAAUAAAGAGCAUAGUUUUUGUGAAACAGCAUGUGAAUCGCAACUGAGCCAGACUUUAGAAUCAGAUAUCGGUUGUACAGUUCCUCAGGGAUCAUCGGUAGAUCAAACAGAUCACCCUCAACCUGAUGGCGAAUUGAGUGCUGCAAACCAACCUUGUGUUUCAAACGUUGGCUGCUCUGACACACAACAAAUCGUUGCUCAACAAUCUGAUUGUGAUACGCACAAAACUGGGUUGAGUGAGGACCUAAAACUUUCCUCAAGGCCGAAAGAAGAGGUAACAUCAUGUGUUGUUUCUUCUGUUUCUUCCUUCUCACAAGAUCUGCAAUCAAAUGUUACACUCAAUCCACCCAUUGGUGGUGAAACACAGCAAACCUAAGUUUCAGUUGAACAAAGGGACAUCUUUAUUGGCUCAGGCAGCUCUGAUGUGAAAACUAUUACAGAUAGCUGUUAUACUGAACAUACCCAACAUUCCCAGCCUGAAAGGAUUGGAAGUCCAGACCCGGACUGGAGUGGAGUGGAACUUCUCCAGAUCCCAACCUAAAUCCUCCUGUGCAAGACAUCAAACCUGUAGAUCAAUUAUUUUACCCUCAAUCCAAAGAUUAUGAUAUCACAGAGGACUCAUAUUAAAUGACUGUGGAUGGCAGUGAUGAUGCUGCUAAAGCUCAACAAAACUCAGCCACAUCAGUCACCGGCCACAACAAGAGAAAAAGAGACGCCGAUAAUGUCUGUCCAAAACAGGAGGAGACAAAUAAAAGGCAACCAAGUGCACACCCUCAGGUUCAUUCCUAAUUUAUUUUGGAGGAUGAUGCACUCAUGUUAAAUUCUGUUCAUGGCUUUUUGUUAUGUUGUGUUCUUUGGUACUAAAGUUGUAGGACUAUCAAGCAAAAACUGAUAUACAGAUUUAUUCAUAUGUUAAACAAUUAAAACAUUAAAAUGUUUAUUACA